UUCAAUAGCCUUACUAGCAUAACCGUGCAGUGAAUAAACUAUAACACAGUCGUGUUAUUUACACACACAUAUAUUCAAGGCGUGAAAAGAUUGUAUAGGGAUCGAAAAGCGAUUAAACUCCGAGAGGUUUAGUUAACACGACAGACUACAUUUUUGAAGGAUUUACACCAAUUUGCUGUUUUAAAAAUGGGAAAAAAAAAUCUUCUGCAAAAUCCAUGUGCAAAAGACGGCCUGCACCAUUGGGAGGUGAUCCAGUCCGGAGGCGAUGGUUUCAAAUGCGAGGACGAACCCAGCGGUUGCAAGAAACUAUCCGAGUGUUGCAAAAUCAAACAUGAGCUUCCCUGUUGGUGCACGAGUCAUGACCCGUGCUUGAAGAAACAGGUUGUUAACCUCCUGUCAGGCGAUGUUGAUCCGAAGGCACUGGACGAACGGAAACGCCCGAUCACUGUCCGUGACUGGUAUUGUUCACGGGGCGAUUGCGGUGCGGAGUACGAGAUCAAAGCGAGUCUGUUGGCAGACGACAGGACCACAGUGUUAGACUCCUGGGCGUUCAAAGACAAAUUGGAGGCCGGGGCGGACUGGAAGAAGGUCAAGCACGUCUUCAAGGACUACCCUGCGGGCGUUCGGUACGUGGAAUUCGUGCAUGGCGGCACGGAUACGCAAAAUUGGGCGGGGCAUUUCGGUGUUAAGAUGACUAACUCUGCGGUAUUGAUUGGUCAGAAGAUAAAGAAACGUGAAAAGAGGAGUCUAAAGGCUGCUGGAAAAAAGAACCUAUUGAAGAACCCUUGUGGCCGCGACGGUAUGGCGGGGUGGGAGGUGACGGAGAACGGUGGAAACGGCUGGAAGGCGGAGGACAGCGCCGAGGGAUGUCGUCCUUUCAAGGAGGCCAACCCGGAAGCGGAAGGUGACGCAUGCUGGGCGACCUCUUUUGACAUGUGUAUGAAGAAGCAGAGGAUUGAUCUGGGAUUCGCCGGCAUCGUCGGUGAUUAUUUGGACGAUCAGCGACCGGAAAUCCGUGUUUCGGAGUGGUGUGGCAGCCGCACAGAUGCCGGAAGUGAAUAUCAUCUGCUGGUUCGUCUGCUGAACUCCGAUCUGGAGACCGUAGACAAACGAGAGGUCACGAAGACGCUACAGGCCGACGGUCAGUGGCACAAGAUCGAGGAGUCGUUCAUCGAUUACGGCCCAGGAGUCCGUUUUAUCGAAUACUCUCAUGGCGGGAAGGAUUCAUGUUUCUGGCAGGGCCAUUUUGGCGUCAAGAUCACAUGCUCGUCCGUAACCGUGGCAACCGAAAGUGGCCAUGACUCCUCGUCGUCAGAUGACCAUUAAGGCGGGAAAAUAGACGAGAUCCACAUGAAAAGGGCUUUGCGAUAAUAAAUACCUUAUGUUAGUGUGAUUGGAUUUCAUAAUGUAACCUAGCAUUUUCUAUUUAUACUUGAUAAUAAUUUCUAUAGCUUGAAAUGUUGUUACUAUAUUGUUACAUAAGCGCAUAUUUGAUCUAAUUAUUAGUGUUAAUAAAAAAAACUUUUUGUUUGA